AUGUCACACCAGUCUUUAUGUACUCUGAUCACCGAAUCUCAUUCAAUCGGAAUCAGUGUUGAAUCGUCACAAGCUAAUUAUAGACCAUAUUUCCAAUUACUCGCCAACGCAACAUCCGAAAUUGGUGAUGUUUCGCUUCUAAAUCGCAUUACUUAUGCUUAUAUAGCACCACCAAUUAUUGUGUGCGGAAUAAUUGGCGACAUAAUGACUGUAAUUACACUGACACAUCCUUCAUUAAGACGUGUUAGCAUCGUUUUUACGUAUUUAAUGUUACUCGCGAUAACUGAUUUGAUGACGUUACUGUCGAUAAUCCCAAUGAUACUGUGGUUGCUCGAUUGGCGAUUAUGCUCAUAUCCAUCAGCACUGUUUUAUGCACACGUCGGAUUCCCGCUGGAAGAAAAGCGUUUGUUCGUAUUGUUGUUCUCAAUUGUCAUUGUUUUCUUUGUGUGUACCAUUCCAGCGGCACCGCUGACCAUAUUCGUCUCUGAUCAACGCUCCAAAGACUUACUCUUUCAGAAAACGAUCAGCUGCUAUCAACCGAGCAUUUCAAAGGAUUUAUACCUUUGCGCUCAUAUGACCGCGAUAUUGCAGAUAAUUAGAGGAAUAAUAAAUGUUAUGGAAUUCACAAAAUUCGCUUUGAAUUUCUACUUUUAUUGUCUCAUCAAUCCGAAUAUACGUUGCAUAUGCCUGCACAUCAUCAGGUGUCGAAAACUAUCUAGGACUCCUCGACUCAAAGGUGGUCAAACAGUAAAUGUGAUGUCACAAUAUUCUCGUUCGACAAGGUCAGUGAGGAAUGAAUCGAACAGUAAUCGUUCACAUUGUCCUGAUGAACAAAGUACCGCUCCAUCCAAGAGUAGUGUCAUUUCGGUUGCUAAAGUACCGCUCCAUCCAAGAGUAGUGUCAUUUCGAUUCUUGAAGAAAGAUGUUGUUCAUUUUGUAUCACAAGUUAACUUUCCGGUUAUUGAUCCGAAAAGGGACCUUCCGAUUAUAACUUUAAAAUUCUUUUGCCAAAUUCAUAAAUUAAAAUUUAGAUCAGCUAAAAUAUUAGCGGAAAUAAUUGGCACAAAUAAUGAUGCUUACGGGAAAAUGACAAUUAUUCGUGAAGGUGAUAAUAUGAACGGUGAUCCGAAUGAGAGGACAAGUAUGCUGUGA